UCCAGAUUAUCGACGGUGCGGAUUUUUGACGUUCGGAUUAUCGACACUACUACUGCAGUGUAGUUAGUAAUUUAGUUUAGUACAUUUAGUACCUCCCUCGUAGAAAAAUAUUCUCGGUUUUCGGUUUUCGGGCAUGCGUAAAAUGGGAAAUCGUUCCUAGUUCCUAGAGUGUAGCCAACUGAAAAUAUUCUGCCAAUCAAAUCAACCAACAUUUGUCACAAGUCACAAAAAAGUAAGUGAUUUUGUGAUUGUCACUUCUUGUCAAACACCCCAAGAUAAAUAAAUAUUAGUGAUUACGCAAAGGAGCAAAGUUAUCUUUUAAAUGAAUACGAUUCCUGUGGUUCCGCUGAAGACUCCUUCCGUAAAUAUCUCUUUAAUUUAAAGAUGACCGCAUGUUUUUGUCUAGUGCAUGGAUAUGUUCACUGAGUUGUAUGCAUUGCACGAGAAACAUAUUUUCAACACAAUAUGCUACUGUUCACAGGAGACCAGACCGAAAACGUCUGCGUCGAAGACCGAGGAGAAGCAGCAUCUCCUCGACAGCGACUACCAACCAGAAAUGGCGGCGUCGAUCAACGUCGAAGGCUCCGGGGACUUCGAGGAUUCCAUGUUCAACCGAACCAUCGAACAUCCCACAUCGAACUUCGACACCAUGGUCCAUUUGCUGAAGGCGAACAUCGGCACCGGCAUACUGGCGAUGCCGGACGCCUUCCGAAACGCCGGUUGGCUGGUCGGCUUGUUCGGAACGCUCUUCAUGGGCGUGCUCUGCACCCAUUGCAUGCAUAUGCUUGUGGGGUGCGCCCACGAGCUGUGCCGGAGAACGCAAAAGCAAUCGCUGAGCUUUUCGGAAGUCGUCGAGAGUUCGUUUAAGACCGGACCGUCGUUUUUGCAGAAUUAUUCGAAUUUAGCGAAGACCUUAAUAAACAUCUUCCUUUGUAUAACGCAACUGGGUUUUUGCUGCGUUUACUUCGUAUUCGUUGCUGCCAAUAUUCACGACGUUGUAAAGCAUUACUUUUUCGAUAUGAGUGUUCACUGGUACCUUCUUUUACUGCUUUUUCCAAUGGUACUGCUCAACUGGGUGAAGAGUCUCAAAUAUUUGACGCCCGCCUCGCUAUUUGCAUCUAUCGUGACAGUUAGCGGUUUAGUGAUAACGUUUUUCUACAUGUUCGAAGGAGGAUUACCUAAUACGUCAACUGUCAAAGCAUUUUCGUCAUGGCAACAACUUCCGUUGUAUUUUGGAACUGCUAUUUAUGCUUUCGAAGGAAUUGGAGUGAUAUUGCCUCUUGAGAACAACAUGAAAAACCCUCAAGAUUUUGGUGGCUGGACUGGUGUUUUGAAUACUGGCAUGAUUGUAGUAGCGGUACUGUACACAGCAGUUGGAUUUUUUGGUUACUUGAAGUAUGGAGAUAAAGCCAUUUUAGGAAGUGUCACUUUAUUGCUACCAUCAGAUGAAUUCUUAGCGCAGUCCGUACGCCUGAUGAUGGCCAGCGCCAUUUUCUUGUCGUACAGCCUCCAGUUCUACGUCCCUUUCAACAUAAUGUGGCCGUCGAUAAGUAAAAACUUCGAAAGCGAAAAAUCCAAAGAAAUCGCAGAGUACAUUACCAGAGCAGUAUUAGUGUUCAUCACUUUCAUAUUCGCCAUUGCGAUUCCGAACCUCGGCGCCGUCAUAUCUCUGGUCGGCGCGUUCAGCAGUUCGGCGCUCGCGCUGAUCUUUCCGCCGUUCAUCGAGAUCAUAACCUUCUGGCCCGAUAAGCUGGGCACCAGCAAAUGGGUGCUAUGGAAGGAUAUAGUCAUUAUUAUGUUCGGCUUCGUCGGUUUCGCUGUAGGCUCUUACGUCAGUUUAUUGAAUAUCCUUUCUCCGGACGAGCAAAUGUAAGGUGGGCUUUUCUCUUUUCUAGUCAAUGUCAGUAUGACAAUAUUUUUUGACAAUAACGUUUUAUUGUAGUUUCAGAGAGAUUAUUUAGGUAUAAGGCUAGAUACGUUCGAGAGUUGCUAUGUAACUCUGUAAAUCUACAGGAAAAUUUAGAUGUGUAGGUCUUUUGAAGUGACUUUUGUCAUGGAAAGUCUAGUCUUUUCUUAGUUGUAUACCAUUUCGACUGCAAAUUUUUAGAUCUGAAACCUCUAGUUCUGUGAUCCAGUCUGUUUCCCUAAAUUAAAAAAAAAUGAUUACAUUGUAUAUUUUCUAAGAUUUACUAAAUUAAGAUGGUAUUAUAUUCUACGUUUAAAAAUUCUAGUCAGUUGUCAGAAUAUAGUCAGUUUCCCCAAAAAAUUACAUCAAAUCCACCAGAUUUGACCUCUUAUGAAUUUCAAAAAAAAUAUAUUAAGAGCAAAAAUGUUAUGAGGAUUUUCUAAUAUAAAAUUUCAUUUAUAUGUGCGCCACUGGGAGUAUUUCGCGAUGUUAUAUGUCUCGAGAAUAUUGAGAGCUUUAAAUGUGUGCAACGAUAAUGCAGCAAUUUACAGAAACAUUUAAAAAAACUACUAGUUAUUUAUUAAAACAAAAAGCAGCAAAUGCUCAUAGAUUUAAUACAGAAUGACGCGUAAAUGUUUUUUGUAAAUUCCUUUUAAUAACUACAUAAUUCAAUACUUUUCGAAGGUUUACAAAAAACUGCACCUCAAUAUCAGUACAUUUUUAUGAAAGUAUGUGUUCUUUAUUUUUUUAUUAAUUUUUUUAUUCAACUCCUACAUACUAACAUAAUAUCAGUUUCUAUUAAAAUGUAACAACCAACGGAUCUCUUAUUAUUUUUUAACUAAUUUAAAUCACUGUCACCAAUAUACUGUUAAGCGAGUCCUAUAGUCUUGAAGGAACAUCCAUUCACCCUUAAAAAAAAAUAAAACAAAAAAAUCCCUUAAUAGUAUAGUCAAGCUGUUUUGACAACUGGUUAAAGAAUCUGAUAGUCCUUAGGGGUAGGAAUGCCGAGGCUUCACAAAUGCUCGAAAUAUUUUCAUAAAUGGUGUUUGAAGGGGGGCAGAGAAUCGUAAUAAAUGAAUAAACAGUAGCAGUAUUAAAAAAUUACAAAAUACAAUAGUUCCAAGAUAAAUAAACAAUUUUAACUUAGGCACUAAGUAAACAUAACCUGCUAUAAUUUAGGCACUAUUUGAUAAUAUAUGUCCAAAUUUUUUGAUAACGACUUAAAUGGCAAUUAGACGUAACAAACCACCCAUGACAUGUAUUGAACUUCCUAUUAGGAUUAGACUUAUUAACAAUUAUAGCAUUAUAGCACAUGCAACAUAAUAAAUCGUCUUAAAAAAUAAACAACAGAUUAAACGAUCAUGUUAAAUUAUUUUAAUAUCUUUUACUUUACAAAUUUAGGUGACUUCGGGAUACAGGGUCCCGAGGGCAGAGUCACUACUAGAGCGGCUUAAUGAUUGGGGUUUCGGUCAUAGCUUUAGCUCAAGUCUCACUCUCCUUUUUAUCGACUGUCGACUAUAUUUAAAUCAAAAACUAUGUGAUAAGUUUAUUAUUAGUUUUAAGAACCUAAACGUAUUACCUUUGAAUAUUUAUUUGGUUCAAUGUAAGUCAUUGUAGGGUGUAAUAACAAUGUUUGAUUGCUUUUUAGUACGUUGCAUUCAGUUUUAUUUAUAUUUAAACAUUUAUAACUUUUAGAAUUGUGUAUUAUUUAGAUUUUUAUUAAUAAUAAUACCAAUUAUUACAAAAGCUGCUACUCAAAUUAAUUUCUUUUUGUAACCACUGUUUUUUUUUUACAAUUUAAGUGAUUAAAAAGGGUCGUGGAUGGGGCACAAGGAUAUAAUAACUCAAUUUCCAUGAAAUUAGGAAAUGGACGCCACCGUAUUUAAAUUCGCAUAUCUUUACGUAUAAAAGUAAUUAAUAAAAAUACGAAAACAAUAAUUAUUAUUAAAUUUAAAUGAAGAAUAAAGGAUAUAGUUUUUAAUAAUAAAAUGACUUUUAAAGUUAUCUAUUUUGAAAUAGUAUUCGGUACAAUAUAAAUUGACUUAUGACAAUGAGGUAGGACUUCACUACCUUGACCUAACCCAACAAACAUUUUGUGUAGGGGAAUUAAAGACCCAAUAACUGUCACCCUCCAAUUACAUUGAUGGCCAUUUGACUUUUUUAAUUAAAAGGCCGGCAUACAUAGGUCACUACGGCCGACAGUCGGGCCGAAGUCAUUUUGCCAUCAUAACCAAUUAAUGGGCCUUCAUUUCCCCUUUAAUGUCUAGAAAUAAAUAUAUUGGCAAUUAAUGGCCUAUUGAUGGGAAAUUUACAGGAAAUUGCUGGCCUUUACCAUAUUAAUAAAGGCCAUGUGUCAGGCACAUGAUCAGAACACAGGAUAUUCGAUAGUGCCUCUUAGACCAGUAGUAGUACCGUUUGAACUAUAAAUUCUAUACAAAAACAAGGCAUUUCAAUAUAGAAUAUUGUAGACAUUUUAAUUCUGCUAUAUAAUAUAAUAAUACAGAAAAAAUGUGUUCUUCAAAAAAUUAUUAAUAAAAUAUUCUAAAUUAACAUGUAAAAGUAAAAUAUUUCAAUGAAUACUGAAUGUCAGAAUGCGAGAUGUCCAUUCGUUGAGUAUGUAACAAGCGAUCAUCGGUGUCUCCAUCUGUGAACGCGGGACGGAGCCCUCCUGGACUGUUGGAGUUGGGUCUGCGGCAGUUAAAAGCCUUUUGACUUUUACCAUGGUUUUACCCAAUACAGUUACUUACCCUUCAUAAGGCCAUCAUCAAGCAACAUAAUGCUGGGCUAUCGAAAGGCCAAAAGUUGGCUUUUAUCUUUUUAUCGUCGCAUUCAUUUUCCCUUCAACUACAGCAAAAGGCCAGCAAUAUCCCGGCAAUUUAUUGUUUGUUGGGAAGGGUUCCUUCGAUGACCAUAAAAUACAAUUUGCUCUUAGAGGUCUUAAAGCACAAUGACUUCUCAAGACUCGACUAUAUUCCACCCUUAGACGGCCUUACUGCUCAUCAUCAAAAUUGCUUUGUUGUUUUCUUUUUCAUUUUUGUCAAAGUGUCGAUGUUUUCUUGAAAUGGCUGUCAAAAAUUUGACAUGUCAUAUAAAGUUUGAUGAAAAAAAAAAACAUUAAUUUAAAUACUAUUUCUUACAACGUCUCUUGCCUAUAAUACUGUAUUACUUUUCAACGCAACAUUGUAAACGAUUAUAAUUAAUAGUGGUAAUAUUUAUCUUACCAGAAAUUUGUUUGGAUCUAACUAAGUAGCUUUCUUAUCUAAAAAUACGAAAAUUUCCCCCCUGCUUAAAUAAAUAAAAAGUAUUUAUUGGAUAAUUAAGCAAAAACCAGACUGGAAAACAGCAAGGAGUAUUAGAUCUAAAAAUAGCGGUAUUACAGAUGUUUAAUAACUGGUUCAAAACCAUUCUUAAAUUAGGGCUGUUGGUUAAAUAUUAUUCAUACGUUUAAAUUUUAUUCUUAAUAAAUAAGAAAAAUAUCUCUUUUAUUUAUUAAGGAUCUACAUACAAAUAAAACUGAAAAAUGUACUAAACUUGACAUAUUUUCUGGUGAAAAUGUUUAUAUUUUUUACAAAAUUUUAUUUUUCACUGGACCCUUUUACCCCUAUGGGGUGUGGGUUGUGAUGUUUUUACUUUAAUAUCUAAAUUCUCUAGUUUUUUCGAUCCUUUGCCAGUUUUGUCAUUUUAGUUUUGUUUCUCUUUUCCUUACUGAUUCUUCUAUUCUGCGUUCCUGUUUUCUCAUCUUGCUUCCGUUGGCUGACCUCUGGAGUGCGUUUAAAAACCACGCACGGCGCGUCUAGACCCUAUUCUAAUGUAUGUGGUUAGCCGCGCCGUGCGAGGUUUCUAAAUGCACUCCUGCUGUUACCGCUUUUUGACUAUGGAAUAAUAAUAAUAUGAAGAAAGCAGCCAUCUUUGAGAAGCGGCUCUCCAAAACUCCUCGUAAUGUUUACAUAUUUGUUUAAAUAUCAGUCUCAUAUAACAUGAUCAAUUUGGUAACAGAAAUUUGCUUCUCCGGAAAAACAAUGACGCAAUUGUUAAUUAGGAUAAGUCCGUGGCGGCUCGAGGCUCAGUCUACGAGGAGGCUACUUUUGAAAGGCACUUGUAUAAAAUUUAUCAAAACUUAACAUAGUAAUUUAGGUGAGCCUAUAGGUAGUAAUCCUAAUUUUGCACGCUUUUUAUUUAUCCUGACCUAAGUACUUAAAGUCUACCACUUGUCGUCAAAAUUGUCCUACAAGUAAUAGUUUUGUCGUAAUUAUCGUCUAGUUCGUUAAAUCACUUGUCUAAUUGGUUAAUCCGAAUAUCCACUUGUUUUUUAUUAUACACUUGCCUUGAAAAUCAUCUUGUAUGUAAACUUUUGUCUGCUAGAGUAAUUUUUUAAUCGAGAGUAGGCCUUCCCAAAGAUUUUAUAUGGCAUUUUCAUCCAGCAAGUCUUGAAAUAUUAGAUUUUAAAAUAUUAUUCAAUGCAAAACAAAAAGCAUCCGAUUGUCGAUCUCCAAUUAUCCGAAAUAAUCCGAAAUUUUUCAACUUUUAAUCAGACAGAGUGUUUACUCAUAUACUCUGUCGGGAAUAUCCAUAUUGCUUUCAGGAAAUGCUCUAAUUCGAUUAUGCUACACAUAAAUAUCGCCUUGUUGUUGGCAAUUCUAUCUAUACAAGUCCUUUAAUAGUAGUUUAACACUGCUGUAGAUAAAAUAAUUUUUUAAAUAGAAAAUAUAUUUAUUUGUCUUUAAAUAAUUUUAGUUUCUCAUACAUUCAUAGUAAAACAUUGAAUUAUCCGAAAAAUUACUUAAUCCGGACAGUGUUGGCUAAGAUAAUAAACAGAUUAACUGUAUACACAGGAGGAAGGUAGACAUUUUCGUAGUCCUCUUGCAAGUAAAAAUUCCGUAUCCAAGACUUACGAGCACGAGCGACAUCGCCCGAUUUGACCGCCGGUAUAAGUGAAUUCAAGACUACAAUUUUUAGCCUUGCUAACCAAUAUUAGCGGAAAAUAUAUUGAACUCCAUAUUAUCAUUGGAACAAGUAAUACAAAAGGAGCCGUAUGAAAGUUAUAAAUAGACGUGAAAAUAUACUAUUUUUUUUAAUUAAAAAUAGUACGGGUAGAUACUAAACUUUCAUUUUAUAUUUUUUUUAUAAAUUGGUUUCCCUUUCUACUGGGGGGUGUAGCUCUACAGCUCUUACACUUUACAGACAAGCCACCACUGGUAUAAUUAUAAAGAAAAUUACAUUUUUCCAAAAGUACCUACCAUCUAAAACUGGAAUAAAUUGGCCACAUCAAUGAUUUCCAAACAGUUCCUUAACGUCUCGGUUGUAAUUUUCAUAUUACUUUUUCUACAUUUUUGCGUAAUCAUUAAUUUUCACUUGUCAUUGUUCUUCUGGUGAAGCGAAUAUUGUCGAGUGCGAGCUACGAGGAAGUAAAGCCCGGACAAACCCAUCAAGCAAUUGAUUGUUCACACCAACUCAUACUCUUAACACACUGGCUGAGUUGGUGAUAACGAAAAUACAAUAUCUGGAGCCAUAUAAGACUUUGACUGGACAAUUUCUUCAUAAUUGGCGAGAACAGUAUGUCCACAAGCUUUUCUUUACAAGCAGAGCUGGCCAAUUUUCAAAAUAAAUAAUCGAUUAUUUUAUAUUAAUCGAUUAUUUUCGCUUAAUCGAUUUUUUAAAAACAUCAGUCAACGUUAGUACAUUAAUAUACAAAAAUUGACAGAUUUCUAUUAGAGUUCAGAGUAUCCCGUGCUUUCCCUACUGUACCAGCAAGAAAGUAAUCUUUUUCGUCUGUUUAAACAGAAAAAAGUGUAGUGUAGACUUUUAAGUGUAAAACUAUAUUUAUAUACAAAAUAUUGUUUUCGAUUAUUUGAUUAAUCAAGAGAUCAAUUAUUUUCCAUAAAUCAGUAAUUUUCGUAUAAUCAAUUAUUUCCGAUUAAUCGCUAAACUAUUUCCGUAUAAUCGGACAAUCGAUAUUAUUUGAUUUGUAUUCGACUGUUAUUAAUUUAUCGAUUAUUAGUAAAUAUAAUUCAAUUACAUAUCAAUAAGAGAGUUAAAUGUGACGUUUAUAAUAUCUAAUUAUCGAUAGAACUGGGCGAUUGUAAAAAUAAAUAAUCGAUUAUCCUUUAUUUAUAAUAAUCGAUUAUUUUCGAUUAAUCGAUUUUUCUAAAAACCUCAAUCGACUAAUCGAUUAUUUGUCCACCUCUAGUAUUGACCUCAAGAAACGUUUGUACAUUAAUAAACAAAAAUUGACAGAUUUCAAUUAUCACAGUUUAGAGUUGCCAAAGCUUUCCGUACUGUCCCAGCAAGAAAGUAAUCUUUUUCCUCUGUUUAAUCAGAAAAUAGUGUAAAUGUAGACAUUUAAGUGUAAAACUAUAUUUAUAUACAAAAGAUCUGUCAGUCAUUUUGUUUGACAGCACAGUGUCCUCAAGUAGUCACAAUAGUGCAUAAUCAACAAUCCUAAUUUAUGUUUAGGAUCACAAACAUUUAUUUUUCGAUUUUUUUUUAAUCCAUAUUGUAUAAAGAGGAAAGCAAAUCUUUUGAUUAGAAUUUUUUUUCCAGUUGUUGAAAAACGGUAAACCAAGUCAAAACUGUCAGUUAAAAUGGAUAAUAUACAAAUAUUGAACCAGAGUAUAUUUAUAUAAAUAGAUGUAUGCUUUUUGUGAUAAUUACCCUAUAGCUCUUAUAAUUUGUGAUAAAUCAGGUAACUGUCAUAUCAACAUUCCAAACAAAUAUUGUAUAUAAAACGGAGAUUUUAAGGGUAGUUUUAAUAUAUUUUAAAAUGGCAAGCAGAACAGAUUAUAUAUAUGAAGUAAAAACAAUAUAUUGUUAGUAUGUAAUAUUUAUGACAAAGAAAUAUAUCUUCAGUGUGAUCUCUGUAUUUAUUAACUUUUUAAUGUCUUGCACUUGAAUAUACCAUUCAGGCUAAUCAGAAUUUUAAUUAUCGCUAUUUUUUUUAUAUAAAAGUUUAAACUUCUGUUAAAACGCUUUUAUUGUAGA